CAUUCGUUCCGUGAAUGUUUUCUUAUUCGUAGCAAAGUAGUAACUUUGUAGACACGUGCAAGUGUGUGUUAAAUUGCUGUGUCAAUUAAUAAUAUAAACUUUAUAUUACUAUUACAUUAAAAUCUAAAAUAAUAUAUAUGAUGACGACUUAGUGAUACACUCAUGGGGGCAUUUGGCGUGUCGGAUCGAUUAAUGGAGAAAUAGGCAUUGCAGCGUUCACUUCAGAGUUGCUUUUGAAUGAUAUAGAUAAUUUGAAAAGUUCUUUCCAAGAAGACAAGUGUUGCUAAUUGUUGGUCACAAAGAGUCAAUAACAAAAUGUCUGAACAAAGGAGAAAUCAACGUGAUAAAACGGAGGCAAACCAACUAGACGUCGAUGAACUAAAAGAUUUCACAAAUUUCCAAAUUAGUGAUGAUGAUGAAUUGAAAUCCAUCCAAAUUUUAAACGAUGAUUGUUUAGAAAUAAUUUUCCGAGCCUUGCCUUUGGUCGAUCUUUAUAGAGUUCAAAGGGUGUGUAAACGUUGGAGAUCAGUAAGUAUGUCCAUAUGUCCCCGAAUAACGAAGUUAUAUAUGUCAAGAAGCUUCUGGGGAGUCAGCACUCGUUUCAACAUACACAUUGACCUUAGUGUAUUAGACAAGGUUCUAUGUAUUUGCGGUCGUAACUUGCAAUACAUUGGACUUUCAAACGACGAAGAUAGAUAUCCACAAAGAAAACGCAGGAUUCACGUAGAGUCUGACAAAAAAGUAUGGAUUUUGAUUCAUAACAGAUGCCCGGGAAUCACAUCAAUUGAUUUCGGACAAUCACGUUCAACUGUCGCUUUAAAAUUCGUUUCUAAUCAUUUCAAAAAUCUCACUUACUUCAAAAUGCAUAAAUUUACUUUACCUGGAAAAACUCCACCUAUUCACGAAAUACAUAUAAGUCAAUUAUUUGCCAAUAACGUAAAUCUUCAGCGAGUUGAGUUGUUUGAUGCAAGGAUAACGACCGAGUGUCUUAUGACGUUGAAUUCUACUAAUAUUCAAGAAUUGACUUUACAAGAUUGUAUGAUUAAUAAUAAUGAACAUUUGAUACAAGCUCUUAAGGAAUUGACAAGAUUGAAGUGUUUAACGGUGUCUCGUUGUAUUUGCUUGCAAGAUAACUGGAUAAAUGCUGUAUUAGAAGCAAUAACCUUUAUGUCCGAUAGGUUAAUAUAUCUUGACUUCUUUCUUUACAAUCCUGCGUACGAGAUAAUUGACACUAUUUACUUGAGAAAAUUGAAAAAACUGGAAUACUUGAGCAUUGCUGGCGACACUGUAAUUGAUGAUGAUGCGUUGACAAACAUUGGCGAAUGCUGCAUAAAUCUAAAAAAAUUACAUAUUUACAAAACGGAAAGUAUCACAGCAAUGGGUUUUGAAAAAUUGACAGAAUUAAAGGAACUUGAAAGUCUAGUUCUGACUGAGUUGGCAAUUUUAAGGAAUGACGUUCUGCGGAGUAUGAUAAACCUUGUUAAUCUAGAGGUUCACCGUUGUCCUUAUUUUGAAAAUCAAGGUUUUAUGGAUCUCGUUCGAAAUUCACAAAAUAUUAGAACAUUGAAAAUAUUCAACUGUAAAAUGGUCCGUGAAUGCCAACUGAUUGAGGAAGUUAAAUGGUGCUCAAAGGACAAUAUAGAAUUAAUUAUUGAUAGUUCUGAGGUAAGAGAUUAUUACUUAAAAUGUAUUUAUAAAUUAAUAAAAUCUAACGGCAAAGUCACGAAAAUAGUUAAAAAAUUAUGCUACGAUUGCUUCAUACGGAAAAACGAAGAAAAUAUUGAUUGUAAAUUAUGUUGCGAUAUCUUCGAAUAA